CGCCUCCCUUGCGUCUCCGCGCGCCCCCGGGUUCCCGCGCGCUCUGAAGAUGGCGGCUGCUUUAGGAAGGUUGCUGCGGGCUUCGGUUGCCCAGCAUGUGAGCGCCAUUCCUUGGGGCAUUUCUGCCUCUGUAGCCCUUAGGCCUGUUGCUUCUGGAAGAAAAUGCUUGACAAAUACACUGUGGUCUGGUUCUAGUAAAGCAAAAUUCACCUUUAGCACCAGUUCCUCAUACCAUGCACCUGCUGUCACCCAGCAUGCGCCCUAUUUUAAGGGCACAGCCGUUGUCAACGGAGAGUUCAAAGACCUAAGCCUUGAUGACUUUAAGGGGAAAUAUUUGGUGCUUUUCUUCUACCCUUUGGAUUUCACCUUUGUUUGUCCUACAGAAAUUGUUGCUUUUAGUGACAAAGCCAAUGAAUUUCACGAUGUGAACUGUGAAGUUGUUGCAGUCUCAGUGGACUCCCACUUUAGCCAUCUUGCCUGGAUAAAUACACCAAGAAAGAAUGGUGGCUUGGGCCACAUGAACAUCGCGCUUUUGUCAGAUUUAACUAAACAAAUUUCCCGAGACUACGGCGUGCUGUUAGAACGUCCUGGUCUUGCACUAAGAGGUCUCUUCAUAAUUGACCCCAAUGGAAUCAUCAAGCAUAUGAGUGUCAAUGAUCUCCCUGUGGGCCGAAGUGUGGAAGAGACCCUCCGCUUGGUGAAGGCAUUUCAGUUUGUAGAUACCCAUGGAGAAGUCUGCCCAGCGAACUGGACACCGGAUUCUCCCACAGUAGAUCAAGCCAAAUCCAACGGCUUCCAAAGAGUACUUUGAGAAGGUAAAUCAGUAGAUACUCCAUGUGUACCUGCAACUUCUCACCCCAGAGAAGAAUCACUGCUGAAACCUGCUUUUAGCAUUUUGGAUGAUUAAUUGUAGAAGGCAAGGAACUAGUUAUACUUGUAUUCAUAACUAUCACUCUAAAUGUCUUAUUUUUGUGAAACCACAUUUAGUUUUCUGAAUGUGGUUAGUUGCUAGUAUAAGCAGUCCUUUAUUGGUAACAUCUCGAUGGCUAGCUAGCCAGUUUCUAUGGAAUGCUAGUUCACCUAUUUUUUUUUAGAUCAUGUCUAACAUUUCUUUCUUAGCCUUACUUGUCUACACCAGAGUAGUGCAGCAAGCAUUGAAAGCUUCUGAUCAAGGGUCUGGAAAUUUUCUUCUUGAAUGUCUUUGUGUUAAACUGAAUUUUAUUUUAGAAAGGCAACAAAUAUCACAAUUUUAAGUUUUAGCAUCAGCAAUCUGAUUUAACUUUUGCAUUGGAUGUUUAUGUGAUUGAAACACAUGUGAAUCAUGUUAUUAAGAAAAUAUGGUGGCAGUGACUUAAAUCAUGCAUGAUACCAAUCCCUGAGACUUAUAGUUUACAUAAUUACUUAUUUUAUUCAUCAGCUAACUUAGUGUCUAUAGAUAUUUAUAGAUGAGUAUAAUUGACUAUAAAUGAUAUUUAUUGAAUCUAGGGAUUGCAUUUUGAAAUUAUCACAAUUAUUUUCUUUGUUGAAAUGUUUAAUAUAAAAUAUAUAAUAAAAAUGAACAUUUUAAAAAUA